UUUAACAACACUAGUUAUACUUCUUUACUAUUUUUUGUUUAGCAAUUAUUUUAUUUCUUUCUUGCCAUUUACUCAGAAGAUGAUUCUUGCAUUAUUAGACUACCAUUGAUUAAUAAUUAUAUCCGAACAAUCUAGAUAUAGAAAAUAUUGAACAGAAAGAUGUCACAUUAAAUGUGCAUAAACUGAUCUAUGAUGAGUUUAGCAGUGGCUUGAAGGAAUCUCCAGGUUCAAUCGAUUUGAAUAGCAUGGAAUUAUUUAACAUGAACUCUGAAUCGGAUGACGAUAUUUUGGAAUCUUGCAACUAUCUACGUGCAACAUGUGCAUCAUCAUGGAUAGAAGGAAACACAGUGCCGUUGGCUUCUACCGUGCAACGUUCAAAAGAUUUGUGUUCUAGUAAGUGGCUGUCAUAUUCACCAAAGGAGUCUGUUGUUUAUGUUCCAUAUCGCACCAAUGCUUUUUUCGGAUUUCGAUCAUCAAUGAAGAUGCCGCUUGUGCAGCACUUCCACAUUUCAACUAUACCUUCAAACUAUCUACGUCGCCGUCGUUCUGCUUCGGUAGAUGACGUAUUUGCCUCCGAACGUUAUUUGUCAAUGUCUAACGGCAGUUUGAAUCGAAUCAUCAGAAGGAAAUUAGAUUUCGAUCAUCAGCAAUUUGGCAGCAUAUCUCACUAUCGUCGUAGUUCGGAAUUAGAUUUUGAACGCUUAGGCAAUAUUAACCGGUGUGAUAAUUUGGAGCGUCUUUCUGAAGUUUGCGAUGAUCACUUACGAAAUAUACAAUACACUAAUAUAAGAAACACGCGCAAUUUUUUUGAAAAACUUUGCUAUUUACAGUACUCUAGGCCGGAAACAUCUACGAGUAUUCGCACCGCAGGUGAAUCCAGCCUCGAUAUAGAUACUUCUUUGCUAAAUCGCACACGUGAUCUGUUCAGCGAAGCUACAUCGUCUGUCAAGUUGGAUUCCGUGGACAUUAAAAUUCUGGAAAAAAUUGAUCACCAUUCAAGAACAUAUGGAAGCCUCCCUGAAUUAUAUCACCGAAUCGGCGAGCAGAUUUUAUCUCGCAGAAACUAUGACGAUAUUGAGGAUUUUGAUGUUUAUUCGCCAAAAGUUGCAUGUUCUACUCAGACUGAUCCAGAGAAAAAAGUGGAUGAUGAGGAAUAUCACUCACAAGAUGUUGAGACACAAACCUGGUCUAUACAAUCUGAUUCUUCUCAGCAGAAUGAGCACAAUGAACUACUUGUUUGUCAUCCACACCAAGGUUUACUGAACAAAACAUUAAAGAAUAGGAGGAAUCGCAAUUUUGUGUUGGAGAACAUUGAAAAAGUGAGAUCGAAAAAAUCACAUUUCGCCAAAAGGAAUAAGAACGCACAUGAGAAAAGCUCCAAAAAACUGGACAGCACAUCAUCUCGAACACUAGUUCCUAAAAUCAAAACUCCGAACGUGUCGCGCAAAUUCCUAAAGCAAAAUUUGAAACGUCGCAGCCUUCAAUUCACAACAGAUGAAGAUGAUGAGCAUUUCGAUGAGUGCAGCAGCAGCAUCCAGCAUGAUGUUUAUCAAAAAAUAUUCUUGAACAAGAUUUGUAAUGAUCAAGCACAAUGUAUCACUGAAAUGGGUGAUGCGAUCCAUCAGAUUCAGAAUAGCGUUAUUGAAAUAGCACAGUUACACGACGAAAUCGAUACGACUCGUUCUAAUCAUUUGGAAUCAGCAUCGUUGAUGGCAAUGGAGAACUGUCAACGAGUGAACAACACUACUUUUGACGCAACUGAUUAGUGCGCAAAAUGUUUUAUAUAGUUUGUUUUACUUUAAUCCUAAUGCGUAUUUAUACCAGAUGAUAGAGAAAUACAUCAAAAAAUAUUCAGGUUUCGAAUAAAAUUACUUUCAGUUACUUAAGCUACCAGUACACUGUUUGUCAUAACGUCAAAUAUUUGAUAUCUUUCGUGAAAUAAAUUUGAACUGCUGUGUACUGGCACUUCAAAUAUUUGAUCAAUCACAGUUUGCCAAACUUUUUGUACGUGUUUGGCAAGGCGAUUAUUUGUCGAUUUGUCAAACAGUGUACUGACCAGUUUGUCAAAACUUCAAACAGCGUAACGCUGCAGUUUGUCAAACUUGUUGAAGGAGAAGUUUGUCAAACUUGUUGAUGGAGAAGUUUGCCAAACUCGUUGAUGGAGAAGUUUGACAAACAUGCUUUGCUCGUUCAGGAUAGUAAAAUACGCCGUACGCGAAACUGAUUCAGAAUUUAUUGUCAAAACUAAAAAACGUUGGUGUAACAGAGAAUAUUGAUUGGUGUUUGUUUUGAUUUAAUUACAAUCUGCAUAUUGUGUUUCAAUAACGAUAAUCAAUAACGACCAUUCAUAAAUGACGUAGCAUUAUAUGGAGGAGGGGGGAGUUUUGUAUUUGAUAUUUUGUAUUUGAUGAUGUGCGACGGUAGGGGGUAAGAGGUCAUGUCAUGCUACGUAGAUUUUUUAAAGGGGAAUAGGGGUUGACCACAGUUGAUAGAGAACAGUUGCGCAAAGAGUGAAGUCAAAAAAGUACCUAUCGAGCACAAUUGGAAUCCGUCUCUGAUACCUGUACACCAAGGCUGGAUUCUAAUUUUGCUCGAUAGGUAGACUUUUUCUGGUUUCAAACUCUGCACACUCUUUGCGUACCUUUGUACUAAGGCCUUUGGGGUUGACCUGAUGUCACGACAAUCUUACCCGUUUCAUCUAACAUUUUUUUUUUAUUUUUUU